CCGCCUUGUCUAAGUCCUCUCAGGCCAACCUCAGCGAGAGGCUCCUGGGAUCGGCUCCCUGCCCUUCCCACCUUAGGGUGUCCUCAGAGACAGACUUUUAUUCCCUCAGUAAGGAGACAGACUCUUAUUCUCUCAGCAGCCCAGCCCCUCACCUCCCCUCAGCCACAGCCACGUCAGUGGCCACCGUCUUCACCGUCGUCACCUCAGCCUAGUCGCCACUCCAGUUGAGGCACUGACUGGCGUCAUGUCUGCCACAGGGGAUCAAGACCCGAUCCAAGAGAACCAGGAGGCUCCAGUGAGCCAGGAGGGAGCGCAGGCCGAGGCCGGAGGUGACCAGGAGGGCAGUGACUCUGGCCCCGACAGUGGCAACACGGUGGCUGGAGUCGCAGGGCCCAUGAGAGGCCUCGGGGAGGAGGAGGGUGAGCAGGCGGCAGGCUUGGCCACAGCCCCCGGGGGUGGGAACGCCGAGGAAGACUCAGAGAUCAGGACAGUAGUGGAGAUGGUGGAGGAGGAGGAGGAGGAGGAGGAUGAGGAGGAUGAGGAGGAGGAGGAGGAGGAUGAGGAGGAGGAGGAAGAGGAGGAGGAGGAGGAAGAGAGGAACGAGGCGGACAACUUCGACUUGGUCGCGGCCGCCCGUCGCUACCCCAUAAGAGGCUUUCAUAUGGAGUUUCUGGACAUGGUCCACACCCUUCUCCUCCGCAUCUAUCAUAACGACCACAUCCUGAUCCGGAUGCGUGGCGGCCGCCUGAUGCGGAGGCGCCGCACUGCGGCGCCCAGUGGCUCAGAAGAGCCCCGGCUGUUGCUGGUGCAUGAGAGGCUGGGUGUGGGGGCCGCGGGUCCUGAGGGCGAGGGCCUGGGCCUGCUCCAGGAGGCCGCGUUGGUCCCAGAGCCUGAGGUGCCAGCAGACCUGGCCGAGAUGGCCAGGGAGCCUGCAGAAGAGCCCGCAGAGGAGGCCUCAGAGAAGCCCGCAGAGGAGCCCUCAGAGAAGCCCACAGAGGAGGCCGCAGAGGAGGAGCUUGCAGAGGAGGCCGCAGAGGAACCGGCCAAAGAGGGACCGGCUGCAGAGGAGGAGUCCGCAGAGGAACCAGCAGCAGAGGAGGAGCCCGCAGAAGAAGCGGCCGCAGAGGAACCGGCCACAGAGGAGGCUGCUGCCCCUGAGGAAGUCACUAAAUAUCAGCAUGAAAAGUGGGAUGAAGAGGCCCAAGAUGCUGCAGGCGAGGAAGAGAAAGAAGAGAAAGAGAAGGAUGCUGAAAACAAGGUGAAGAACUCCAAAGGGACCUAGACGCAGCAGAGGGGAAGCCGAGAAAAUCCAGUUGGGAAGAAUAGAAAGAAGAUGAAGAAAGAAGACUCUGUUGUUCAUUGUUUUUAUUUUAUUUUAUUCAGAUGCCUGUGAGAAUUUUAACACAUAUCAUUCCAAAGUUCAUUACCUUAAAAGUGAUAUCUAGUGACAUCUAACUUUUAUCUUUCACAAAUGUAUUUGACAGUGUUUGUUCAAGUUAGAAAUAAAAGUUUGUUUUAAAUGAAUAAAUUGAAACAUGAGGAGAUUUUCCAAUAAAUAAUUCUGACUCAAAUCUCUCUUUUACCUCUUUGUUUUGGCCCACCAUACCUUCACUGAAAGGUAUUACUUUCCACCAUUUAGUAAGACUGUUUUAAAUUCUUUUACUGCAGCCAAAAGUCAAUUAAAAUGUCAAGUUUAAAACCAUUUUUGCAAAGAGAGAGAUGGGGCUCAAGUCUUUAGAGCUGUACUGUCUACUACCUUAGUCACUAGUAACGUUGUGGCUGCUGAGCACUUGUAAUAUGGCUAGUCUGUUUGAUAUGUGCUGUAAGUGUGAAAAUAAUAUUGCAUAUCUUACUAAUGAUUUUCAUACUGAUUACAUGUUGAGAUGAUAAUACUUGAAUUAAAAUGAAAUAUUAAAGUUUUUGUUGGUUUCUUUUUAUUUUCAAAUGUGGCUACUAGAACAUUUAGAAUUACCCAUGUAGAUCACGUUGCAUGUGAUCUACAUUACAAUACUGCUCUAGAGCAUGGUUUUGAAGAAAACUUCAUGGAUGGCCCAGGUUGCCUGGAAGCCACAUGGUAUUGCUGAGCUUGGGCCCAGACUUUGAUUUGGAGCAGUGGUUCUCAAAGUCUGGUCCCCAAACAGCAUCAUCAGCAUUACCCGGGAAUUCUCAGACUCCACCCAAGACCUACGGAAUCCGAAAAUCUGGGGUGGGGUCAGCAAUCUGUGUUUUAACAGGCCCCCCAGGGGCUUCUGAUGAACACUAAGGUUUGAGAACCACUGGUUUCAAGCAACAGAGGAAGAAGCUGAGCACCUCCUGUCGAGCCAGGGUUAAUUCACUGGCUCGGGGCUGUUUCAGGUAAACUGAAAGGGACAGCAAGGGAUGGGCUGGGGAGGAGACUAGAAUUCACAGGGGCUGAGGCCUAGAGAGGAAAAAUGCAUAAAGGAAAAAGUCGGGUCCAAAAGGAUACAAACAUGAUACCAUGCAUAUGACUUCUAAGAAAACAUACAAAUGAUCACCAUAAAUUGAUUAUGGGUACAUAUAGAGAGACUAAAAGAUGUGCUUGUAAGAGAUGCAUACAAGUGUAGCAUACAGAAAGGUGUGCAUUCGAAAGAAGCACAUUUGAGAUGGUGGUUACCUCUCAGGGAAAGAAAGGGAGGGGCAUUCUAGCAGAGAAGGCUCCACAGCAGGCAUCAACUAUAUUUGUAAUGUUACAUUUCUUAAGCUGAAUAGUAGAUAUAUGGAUGUUUACAGUAACAUUUUCUACAAUUUUGUGUAGGUCUGAAAUAUUUCUAAAGCAGGAGGAGGAAGGGGAGCAGUUCUUCCCACACCACUGGGGCAGGACUUACAGGAGUCUGAGAAUUCUAGAACCCAACCUGGCCUUUGAGGUCAUUAUGAAGGUAUAUUUGUCAUGGAAGGAGAUAAGCCAUUAAAUAAAACAUGCUGUAUUCGUUUAUUUAAACAUUUCAAAUAUUUAGAUAUAUGGUAUGUGGAUCCCAAGUUGAACUCUUGUUCUAAACCCUGAAAAUGUUACAGGUGAGCCAGGCUCAUUAUCUGGCCUAUAACCCCUUUCCCUUCCUCCCUCCAUCACACUUUGUUACCUGAGCACAGUAGGGCCCCUUGCUUCUGAAAAGCGCUUGUUGCAGUAGCCCAUCUUGCUAUCGGACUUGGACUUUGUCCCUGACCCAGGCUACAGUGCAACCACCAAUCACCUUGUCUCUUCUGCUUGCCCCCCAACCACACCCCCUCUUUAUUCUCCAGGUGUCCAAACGCAAAACCUCUUCGAUGGCCCUUCUCCCCCAUACCAAAUAUCAAUGCUCACCUGAAAGCCAUCAGCUUGGUCAGGCACACCUGCGUGGACGCCCCUUAUUCUCAGCACCACCUUUUAAGAACAUUUUACUUUGGCCGGGCGCAGUAGCUCACGCCUGUAAUCCCAGCACUUUGGGAGGCCGUUAGACGAGCAGAUCACAAGGUCAGGAGAUCGAGACCAUCCUGGCUAACACGGUGAAACCCCAUCUCUACUAAAACUACAAAAAAAAUUAACCGGGCAUGGUGGCGGGCGCCUGUAGUCCCAGCUACUUGGGAGGCUGAGGCAGGAGAAAGGCGUGAACCUGCGAGUUGGAGCUUGCAGUAAGCCGAGAUCGCGCCACUGCACUCCAGCCUGGGCGACAGAGUGAGACUCCGUCUCAAAAAAAAAGAACAUUUUACUUCUCUGACAACCUUCAGCUCUGAGUUGUCAAUAUCCUAUUUGAUUUCCCGCCCCAUGUCACAGACAGAGAUGGACUACAGAAUAGGCUUUAUUGAAUUUAUUUGCUUUGCAUAUAUCAUAAAUCAAAAAAGUUAAAGAAGUAGAAAAGUCGUCAGAAUAUGCCUUUAGCCAUUUAAAAAGAGCUUAAUCUCUUCAUUUAAAAACAGAGCUUUGUUGUUAACUGUGGAAAAGAAAUUGUUAUUGGAGAGUUCUCAGAGUGAGAAUAGCUGAAUACAGGUUCACUGUGAAAAAAAGGAAGGGAGGUGUAACAGCUGUGUUGUUAACUGUGGAAAAGAAAUUGUUAUUGGAGAGUUCUCAGAGUGAGAAUAACUGAAUACAGGUUCACCUUAAAAAAGGGAAGGGAGGUGUAACAGCUAAUCUACCAGGAGUACCCAGAUAAAGGGCAUCUACCUUAAUAUAUUGUUCACUAUGGGAAUACAAAGGAAAUAAAAUUCACUCAAUCAAAAUGGCAUUAUCAAAAUGGCAAAGGCACAGUAUCAGGAAAAAUAGAUGUUAUAUAGAGAAAAUGCAAAAUUUAGCAUGUAAUUGUACUGUGUCACAUUAUACCAGCAUCAGCAAAACCCAGCACCAAGUGUUUAGCUCUGACACCUCACUACCUCUCUGGAUUUUUUUGCAUGGGGCAGCACCCCACUCAGAAUAUAAAGGCACAGUCAGAUGUCCAGGCCUGCAUUUCUGUUUAAGCAAAGCAGCACAGUGUAACAGAGGCAGACACAGUGAUAACUACUCAGAAGUCACUUCUGGGUCUCCUAGAAAAAUGAGCUAGGUUUACUGCCCA